CGCACCCCAAUCGUCACCUCCGCGGCAUGGCUUCGUGGGCGCCCGCGCUAUUCGGCGACACGCUCGUCGCCGAGGGGGGAUCCGAGGUGAAAACCGAGGAUGCCCUCAAGGACAAGAUCGUCGGCGUGUACUUCUCCGCGCACUGGUGCCCUCCGUGCCGCCAGUUCACCCCGAUCUUCGGGGAGAUCUACAAGGAGCUCAAGUCCAGGGGUAAGAACUUCGAGGUCGUCUUCGCCUCCUCCGACAGGGACGAGGCGUCGUUCGCGGAGUACCACGGCGAGCAACCCUGGCUCGCGAUGCCGUUCGCCAAUCGCGAUCUGAAGAAUAAGCUCAGCGCCAAGUACAAGGUGCAGGGCAUUCCCACCCUCGUCAUCCUCGACGAGAACGGCGACGUCAUCACCAAGGACGGCCGUUCCGCCGUCAUGAAGGACCCGGAGGCGUUCCCGUGGACCCCGCCCACCCUCGCCGAGGCGCUGGGCGAAUCGUUCGUUCGAGCCGACGGCUCCGAAGUUUCUCUCGCGUCCAUCGCCAAAUCCGGAGCCAACGUCGGCGUGUACUUUUCCGCGCACUGGUGCGGCCCGUGCCGCCAGUUCACCCCGAAGCUCAUCGAGGCGUACGACAAGAUGCUCGGCGACCAGACGAAGCCCUUCGAGGUGAUCUUCGUGUCGGGCGACAGGGACGAGGCCGGGUUUAAGGAGUACUUUGGAUCGAUGCCGUGGCUCGCCGUGCCCUUCGACGACGAGAAGCGCCGGGACGCGCUCAACGAGUACUUCGGCGUCCAGGGCAUCCCCCACUUCGUCAUGCUGACUUCCGAGUUGAAGAUGAUCAACCCCAACGCGCGCGGGUCGGUGAUGUCCGACCCCGCGUGCGAAGAGUUUCCGUGGAGGCCCAAGCUCGUCACCGACGUCGACGAGGACUGCGAGGGAAUCAACGACACCACCGCCGUCGUGCUCCUGAUGGAGGAAUGCGGCGACGACUGGGACGAUCUCACCGCCGCAAUCACCGCCGUCGCGAAGGACGUCAAGGAGGCGGAGGAGGCGAGGGGCGAGGAUGAGCGAUCCACGUUGUUCAUGACAGUCACCGAGACUGGCGGCGGUAUCGGCGCGCAGCUCCGAAAGCUGUGCGGGCUCGGCCGCGCCGCCUCCGGAGUUCCCCAGCUGGUCCUCCUGGACCUCGGCGUGGGCGGGUACGUCAAGCUGGAGUCCAAGGACGUCACGAAGGACGCCAUCGCGACCUUACUCGCGGAUUAUAGGGCUGGGAAACUCGAGUUGCAGUCCCCCAACCCUGCGAGGUGAGCGAGGCGGUUGAGCGACUCUCAUCCGUCUCCAAGGGGGGGGGGCGCCCCGCGCGAGGCGGCUGCCCCCCCCGCGUUCGCGUCGCCGUGUAUACGUACGCAUUGAUCGAUUGUUUCGUCCCCGUCUGUCGCGCGCCGUCGAGACGACGACGGACGUUGUUUCAUAGGAUAUAUGGUACUCUACAUAACACUUAAGAUAAACGCGCGUG